AUGUCCGCGCAGAUUGAGUCUAUGAAUUGCAAAGAUCUGAAACUCAAAUUCGAGGAAGAUUUUGGAUUCAAGCCAAAGCUUGAGCGUCUGGAAGAGGCCGGCUCGAAGAUUCGAUGUAGAGUCACCAAUGCCCGUGACCUCAUCGGAGAUUCAGAUGCUCCAUGGGGUGAACCGCGAGGUACGCUUUCAGCUGCAGAAGUUUCAGCGCUGCGGCAGGUUUUUGCACUUGUGGACGGACAGCGACAGCGGUCACACAAGCCCUCUAGUUGCUCAAGUUACGUUUCUGCUUCCAGCACGCCAAGCCCGUCGAUUUCAGCUCCGUCAAGAUUAGUCGCUGAGUUGCCCCCUGCUGCAGGACCCGAGCUUCUGUAUCGCAAGGGCAUGGAUGUGCCGGUGCCAGAUGAAAUCUUGGAUUUGGUGGACGCGUUUGAGCAGGCUCCGCCGGUGCGAGGAGCCCUGGAGGUCUCGGAAGUCUAUCGAGCGAAUGCCCCAAAGCAUCUGCAAGACUCAUGGAAGUCACAGAAGACACUUUUGCAGGAUCGAAACAGCGACCCGACUUUUCCACGGGCAGCUUGGCAAGACUGUCCGGGGACAGACGACGUACUGCGCAGAGAACGUGAAGAAGUUGCCUGGCAGUUGCUGUCCAUGUCGCACAGGCAUGUCGGAGGCGUGCGAAGCUGUCGCGUAUAUCAUGGAUGUCCUGACUGGAACGUGGUGUGCAGCAUUUGCAAAACUGGCUUUGCCAAUGUGGCCAAGACCAGUGGCUGGUUUGGGGAAGGGCUUUACACCACAUUACAUGCGCCUUACGCUUUGCGUUAUGGUCUUGGCAUGAGGGAUUUUUGGGAGAAACCCGGCGAGACGGGCUUUGUCGUUGCUGCUAAACUGAUUUUCUGGCAGGUGUAUCCAGUCACGGAAGCAGAUGACACCAGCGACCAACAGCCUGGUAUGAAAGGUAAGGCUAUUGGCAGAGCCGAGGGGGCUCGUGGUUGUGAUUGCCAUUUCGCUUGUGUCCGAGGCCAUCUCCCACAGACAAGCACCGCAACCGACACUAUCUUGCCUGCAGACAUGGCGAGAGGCCAGAAGCAACCGAAAUUGUGGUAG